ACACGGUUCCAUGUUGUCACACAGAGGCGCUCCUCCUUCUUUUAGGCUCUCGGCACUGUGUGCUGGACAUAGGAGUCUCCUCACAUAAUAAUAAAGGCGGCCACUUGUGACACUCAUAUAUAACAUUAUGUAUAACCGCGGGCCGCACAUGACUGGGCACCGUACACCGGAGCAGGGCUCUAGGCCGGGCUCCUCCUCGCCGGGUGUGACGAUGUCGGGGGAGUUUCUGAUGAGACGCCGGAUGCUUUCCGCCUUGCGCAGACCUCGUCAUCAGGCAUGUCAUUCACAGCAGCGACUCAGGUGUGCGGCAGGCUGCGGCUUUUGAUACGGCGACCAUCCGUCAUGAAGCGCUUAUUUCACACCGAUGGUCAAGGUAACAAAGUAAAAAGCACAAUCUGUGUGGAGGGCAACAUAGCAAGUGGAAAAACAAGCUGUCUAGAAUAUUUCUCCAAUACAGCAAAUCUUGAGGUUUCCACAGAGCCUGUAGCAAAAUGGAGAAACGUCCAAGGCCACAAUCCACUGGGUCUCAUGUACACAGAUCCAACGAGAUGGGGGCUAACACUGCAGACUUAUGUCCAGCUGACGAUGUUGGAUGUCCACACCAGGCCAUCACUUGCUCCAGUGAAAAUGAUGGAGAGGUCCAUCCAUAGUGCCAAGUACAUAUUUGUGGAAAACCUGUACAGAAGUGGAAAGAUGCCUGAAGUAGACUAUGUGGUGUUAACGGAGUGGUUUGAUUGGAUCACAAAGAAUAUUGACCUUUCUGUUGACUUGAUAGUUUAUUUACGGACAUCCCCCGAAACCUGUUAUCAGAGGCUAAAGAUGAGGUGUAGAGAGGAAGAGCGGGUGAUACCACUGGAAUACCUGUAUGCCAUACACAGCCUGUAUGAAGAGUGGCUUAUUAAGCAGAGCUCAUUUCCAGUGCCGGCGCCAGUUCUAGUGAUAGAUGCAGAUAAGAACAUGGAGGAGAUGAUUCAGCAUUAUGAAGAGAAUCGUGGAAAGAUCCUUGCAGCUUGACACAAGAACUUUCUCAUGCCUCAUGAAUAUAGUCUGGUUUUACUGUGUCUCUUGCCAACUUUAUGCAGGCAGCCAUUUUGUAUUAAAAAAAAAAGAAAGCUACAUGCCAGUCUGUUAUCCAACAGCUACCAGUUUGAUACAUUCAUAAAAUACUUGCAGCUCACUAUGGGGGCUGCACAAAGGUGCUAUCGUUGGACCAAUCUCUUUCCUUUGUGUAGUUUUUCCGAACCAGGGUGUCUACAGAGGUUGCAAAACUACAACUUCCAGCAUGCCUGGACAGCCUUCAGCUGUCCAGGCAUGCUGGGAGUUGUAGUUUUGCAACACCUGGAGGCACCCUGGUUGGGAAACACUGCCUUAGCAUCUUAUGAGCCUGAUAGAGGAUAUAGAGCAAUAACUAUGUUUAUCUGACUUUUCAACUGUAUUAUUUAUUCCUUUUUAGAGGGUCCAUUUCUUUUUUUUUUUUUUAUUUUAAAUCUUUACAUUGCCAUUGUUUGUACAUUAUGUUUAACGUUCAUAAAUGUGUUAAAGAAAAUGUUUAAUUAUUAUAUAAUAAGACAACAGAACAUUUGUUGCAACUAGGUUGUCUUAAU